CAUCACACCACAGCCUUACUACUAUUCCAACCGUUGAAACCUCAGAAUUCUCGAUUGCGACACAUUACCACACUAUGGAAGAGCUACAGGUUAGAUUCGAGGAGCUCAGCGUCCUUGAGAGCGACUUCGAGGAUGCGGAACUCGAGUUACUCCGCAAAUCCGAGGCCCUUCACACACCUCUCUACAAGAAACGCGCCCAAGUCAUCUCCAGAAUCCCACACUUCUGGUCCCUCGUCUUCGAGCAAGCCCCCACAGAAAUCGACAACUUCAUUCAGCCCUCCGACUCCAGAGUCUUCGCAGAAUGCCUCGAUACGUUCGAAGUCACGCGAUUCGACCUCGAGAACUCGCCGCGCAGUUUCGCCUUGAAAUUUGGAUUUUCGGAAAACGAGUGGUUCUCAGACACGACGCUCGAAAAGAAGUUUUGGUUCAGAAAGACAAAGGAAUGGGCGGGCCUUGUAUCCGAACCCGUCAAGAUUCACUGGAAGAAGGGCAAGGAUCUUACUGGCGGUUUGACAGAUGCGGCGUGCAAGCUCGGUGAAGCGCGACAGAAGCUGGGGAAUACGUCGACGCCUGAGGCGAGAAAGAAGGAGGCUGCUUUGCCCGAGUACAAGAACAUGGCACAGAGGAACGAAACGGCGACAGAAGCUUCAGUGAGCUUUUUUGGCCUGUUUGCCUUCGUCUCGGGGUACCGAUGGGUCAGCGCGGAGGAAUCAGCUCAGGUGGAGAAGGAGGAUAAGGAGAAGAUGGAAAAGCUUAAGCGUGGAGAAGCAGUCGAUGAUGACGACGACGACGACGAUGACGAUGAAGCUGAGCCGGAGCAACAAGACUACCAGGAGACAGAGGUCUUCCCUGACGGAGACGAGGUGGUCACACUCAUCGCGGAGGACAUGUGGCCGAAUGCUAUCAAGUAUUACAAGGCAGCCUUUGACGAAGAUGCUGACGGCUUCUCUGGGGACGAAGAUGAAGACCUAUCCGAGAUUGAGAUGGACGACUCUGGGUCUGAGGGCGAGACCGUCGAUAUCCGCGCUCUAGUUGGCAAGGGCCGGACUGCAAGCGACGCGCCACCUGCUAAGAAGCAGCGUAAGGCGUAGACUAUUUUGUUCAGGUUUACGCGUUCCGAGUAACCGUAGGCGGCAUUGUAUAUAGAUAUGCGGAAUCCACCAACCGUCACGCCUUAUGAAAGUUAACGACAGAAUGUUGGAAUGGCCUAUCAGCGCUUCGGUCGGUGCCACAUAGGCUCUGGAUGGCGCUUGAAUAUAGAACGAUGCUUUGUACGAACAGACUCUUCACCAGCCGCCACUCACGUAGACAUGGGUUCUUCCCAAAGCAUGCUAUG